GAGACAUGCAGUACAGCUCGUUGAGGCGUAACGGCAAUUUGGAAAGAAGGCUCUGCUCUCUCUGGUUUAACAAUGAAUCCUCUGCGCACUUUGUGUGUUCUCGCUUGCCUGGUGGCAGCAACAUUGGCGUCGCCAAACAAUGGCAACCAACAGCAACAACGUCGCUCGAACUCGUUGAACAACUACGAGGAUCCCAGCAACUGGGUGAGCCCCAACCAAAUUGAGCAGUUGCCCAUGCUCAAGGAUGUGACACUGCGUCGCCUCGAGGAGAUGACCGUCGAUGAGGGUGGCUCCAUGCUCUCCAAGUUGUACCACUUGUCGCAGUUCAACCGCGUCUUCAAGCCCGACUAUGUGCCAGAGGCUAGCAAGAUCAAGGGUUACAUUGUUGGUCCACGCGGCCAGAAGACCGAGUUCAACCUGAACACCUUUGUGCAAACCGUGAAGCGUCAGCCCAACUUUGGUGACGAUGAGGUGACCAUCUUCAUCCAGGGUCUGCCCCAGACCUGGGGUCAGGUGAACAAGGCCAACCGCAAGUUGGUCCAGGCCUACGAACAGCGUUACAACCUCCAGCCCUACCCCGGCCAGAACGACAGCGAUGAGCAGAAGAGCAGCAGCGAGGAACAGCAGCAGCAGCGCCGCAAGCAGAACCAGGAACAGGAUGAUACCACCACCGGUGAUUUGGUUGUGAUCAAGCUUGGUGAUCAGAUCGAGGACUUUGAGCAAUUCGCCACCCUGAAUGUUGAGCGUAUUGGUGAGAUCAUCGGCGAUCGUCUCGUUCAGUUGACCAACGAAGUCAAUGUGCCCCAGGAGAUCAUCCAUCUGAUCGGUCAGGGUCCAGCUGCUCAUGUUGCUGGCAUUGCUGGUCGUCAAUACACCCGCCUGACUGGACACAAGCUGCGCCGCAUCACCGCUCUGGAUGCCUCCAAACUGUUUGCCGAGCCCGACAACAAGCUGAGCGGCCUCGCUCGCGGUGAUGCCGAUUUCGUCGAUGCCAUCCACACCUCUGCCUACGGCAUGGGCACCCAGGAGCGUCUCGCCGAUGUUGACUUCUACCCCAACGGCCCAUCCGAGGGUGUUCCCGGUGCCGAGAACGUUGUCGAGGCUUCCCUGCGCGCCACCCGCUACUUCGCCGAAUCGGUCCGUCCCGGCAAUGAGCGCAACUUCCCCGCUGUCGCUGCCAGCUCUUACAAGGAGUACAAGCAGAACAAUGGCUAUGGCAAGCGCGCCUACAUGGGCAUUGCCACCAGCUACGACAUCCGCGGCGACUACAUGCUGCAGGUGAACUCGAAGGCUCCUUUCGGCCGCAACACUCCUGCCCAGACCCAGAGCGGCUAUCACUCCGUCCAUGAGGCAUGGAGGCAGCAGCAGCAGCAGCAGGAUAAGAAGAACCUCGCUUAAGUCACAUUGACAGUGCCACAAAACAACGACGAUGACGACGACGAUCGAUCGACAUGCGAAAAGCCAACGAAAUGACAUUUCUAUUCUACUGUAUCGAAUGACUAGACUACGCUUUGUUUUGUAAUAAAAAUUUUGCAUUUUUCAAAAAAAA